AAAACCUUCAAUUCAACGUUUCUUUGACUUUCGGCAACCUUCUAAAUACACUUUUGUUCCUACCUUCUUUCCAUUGAAUUCAUUCAACACAACACAAGUCCAGAUUCUUCCAACAAACAGAACGAAAAACACAAAACCACUCUAAGUAGCUUAAACCUAACCUUGCCGAAUGGAUGUUUCUUCCUCUUCGUCGAGUCACACUGAAUUCGAUUACUUGUUCAAGCUUCUCAUGAUUGGUGAUUCUGGAGUUGGAAAAAGCACGCUGCUUCUCAGAUUCACUUCUGAUAAUUUUGAAGAUCUUUCUCCCACCAUCGGUGUAGACUUCAAAGUUAAAUAUGUUACACUUGGUGGAAAAAAGUUAAAACUUGCUAUUUGGGACACAGCUGGACAGGAAAGGUUUAGAACACUUACAGGUUCAUAUUAUAGAGGUGCACAAGGAAUAAUUAUGGUAUAUGAUGUAACGAGGCGGGACACCUUUACAAAUCUAUCUGACAUAUGGGCUAAAGAAAUUGACCUAUACUCAACAAAUCAAGAUUGCAUCAAGAUGCUUGUAGGGAACAAAGUUGACAAGGAAAGUGAAAGGGUUGUUACCAAAAAGGAAGCGGUGGACUUUGCAAGGCAAUAUGGAUGCCUUUAUACUGAAUGCAGUGCCAAAACUCGAGUAAAUGUUGAGCAGUGUUUUGAGGAGCUUGUAAUGAAGAUUUUGGAUACACCCAGCCUCUUGGCCGAGGGCUCAUCUGGUGUGAAAAAGAACAUCUUCAAGCAGAAACCCCAAGAGUCCGAUGCAUCAACUAGUAGCUGUUGCUCAUGGUGAUGUGAUUGUAAUGUUUUUAAGCAGCUGUUACCUUUCACUCUGCCGCAUAAUGUGAAUUUCAAGCGCCAUCGAACUUCAUCACAUGUACCAAAAAAUUUAAUUUUAUUAUAGCCCGCAUAUCAUGAUCAA